UGGAAAAGAAUCGCAGUUCAAAGCACGGCUCUUGGGCUACUGCAGGGGCAUAGAUGGAUCGUAACCAGGGGGGAGAGAUGGUUCUUUCUGUCGGCUGCUGCUGCUUCGUCCUGAGUCACGGGAUGCCCGGUUCGGAGAACAAAUCGGGUAGGUGGGAUCGAAAGAAAGACGACCAGGUCAUCUUUCUUCGAGCAUUUCUUCGAGCUUGCCAACGAAGACGACAAAGAUGUCCCUGACUUGGCAAGGCUGUGUUGUUUCAUCCUAGGUUUUUUUUCCCCUCCUAGAAAGGCAGUUCUCAAUAGCCUUCAAAGCCAAAUAAUGUUGGUUUGACUAGACAGAAUGAACAGCUAGACUUUUAAACACAGCUGCUUCUCCACAAGGUCAACUGUCAAGUUUUAAUGACCACUGUCCAGGUAACGAUAAAAGAGAUGUGACUCUACAUUAUGGGUUCUUUGUCCUUUAAUCUGAGCGUAAGAAGGGGAAAAAGAAACAACCUUAGCUUUGCAAAUUGAUGCUUCUGUUACCAUGAUGGCUAUGUAUUUGUUUUCCUUCUAGAAUACUGGAAUGUAACUCUUUUUUGCUUUUUUUCUCACACUUCGUAUGCCUUCUUUAGAAAAAGGCUGACCUGCAAAUGGAGCUUUUUAAGCUAUUUUGGGACAAAUAUCGCAUUACACCGAAUGUUAUCUCUCAAUAAACCAAAAUUAAUCCGAAUGCCUCAUGAGACAAGCGGCUGCUGUCAGGGACGUUUCUUAUCGCAAGUAUUUUCCUGCCAACGAAUGCAGACUGAUGGGGUUAACAACUAGUCUGAUGGCGAAGGCUAGAUUCCUCUUUCAAGUCUACAGUUGGAGAGUCAGCUCUUUGCAGUGAUUUUCAUGAAUAAAACAAAAACGAAGUAACACUGAAUUAUGCAGCCUGUAAAAUUUCACAUAUGAGUUGAUGCAUAAAUACUGAAGCAGAUUUCAAUAGCCUUUGGAUGCGUUGCUCGUUUUACCUCUCGACGCUUGAAACUUUCACAGGAAUCUUAUCUCUCAGAAUAUUAAGACCUUGGUUAUUAUAAAGCAUGUGAGUGUGGUUGUCAUUCAAGGUUUGGGGGACGUUUGAAUUUCACGGGGAUGUGGUCACAUAUAGCACAUUUUCUCCAAGUUAUUCCUUGGCUAAAGGUUCCCAUGCAAAGGCCAAGACAGGACCAGAUGGAAUAGUUUCACCCGGUACAUCUUUUAGGUUCAAAGCUCAUGCCAAUAAGCAUUUGAAAAAUGUGAUGAGAUCAUACUGGCCCAUCUACUUUGAGUCAGCCCAUAGACGCAUCCUUAGAAGCUUUUCUAUUUUUUAUUUUAUUUUGUAGCUGGUUAGGGUAUACACUGUUUUACUUUUGUUGUUUAAUCUAAUCUGGAUAAAAAACCUAGAUUCUAUGAAACUUGAGUCAGACCAGAGUCUAGAUCACACUUGAUUCCAUUCUGAAGGCUUGCAGGGUAGUAAAACAGCUGAUCCAGGACUAGCUUGAUGCAUAUAGGUGCAUUGCUCAAAUGGACUUCCUGAAUGCUGGUGGUGCCUAUGAGGACUUUUUAGCAGUUAAUGAGUCUGCCUAACGGGAAGAUGAAUUAUCCUCAAACGGACGGGGAAGAAAAAGUGCUGAACGAGGAGCUGGAGUGCAAAAUCUGUUACCAGAAAUUCAACCUCCAGAGUCGCAAACCCAAACUCCUGGACUGCCUCCACCGAGUGUGUGCAAAAUGCCUCACUAAAAUCCUUCAGGUGGGAAGCGGCUCGUUUCGCAUUAGCUGCCCUUUCUGCCGGCAUGAAACAGAGCUGCAGGAAGAAGAGGUAGAAGGACUCCCCGACGAUUUGAACAUCUUGUCCAGACUGGUAACCAAAGACAAGUCGACAUGGAAUUCAGAGUGCAAGGAAGUUCUCCUGACACCAAAGAACUUGGCUUCGUCAAGUCCUUCGCGCGGCUCCUCAAACUGCCUGGUGAUAACCAUCAUGGAAGUACAGAGAGAUUCCCCCCGGACUCCCAGUCAAAACACCCUCUCGGAUUAUUACACAGAUCACAGCCUGGACUCGGAAUCUGUCACUUCCACCAACCAGUUAGACCAAGACGUUUUCUCCAAGCUCUGUAAUCAUGUUCCCAGAAUACUAGUCUGGCUGCUUGGCUUUUUUUACUUCGGUUCUUUGCCCCUUGGUAUCUAUUUAUUAGUGAUUCAGAAAGUCACUCUGGGAAUUGUCUGUGUCAGUCUUGUGCCAUCCAGUCUGACGGUGUGUCUUGUGUACGGUUUUUGUCAGUGCCUCUGCCAGGGAAUGUGCGACUGUUCUUCUAGAAAUUGAUGCCAAACGCAAAAGGAUAUUGAGAUAGCUCAAAGUCUACACAAUGAGUUUUUUUUAAAAAUGUGACUGUAAGUUUAAAAAAAAAAAAAGAGGAGGAGACCGGUUUAUGAACUGGUGUUUUCAACAUUCCAUUCUUCUGACAACAAUAAUGAAUAAAAAGAUAAAAUCUUUAUGUGGGAGAAGUUUGGCAUCUUGAAAACAGCAAUAUUGUCUUAUUUGACCGAAGCUGCUCAAAGCACUGGCUGACUUACAAGGAGGAGAAAUUGAGCUGAUGUCUCUGAAUGGAGCCUUUUAAUAUAUCUUGAAGGCUGCCUCUUACUCAAUCACAAGUUGGACCAGAAGCUAGUGAGAAAGAAUGCUUUCCCCUGAGAAAGCAGCUUGAAGUUAUUUUCCUGACUCCCCAGACUGUUACGUCAACCAGGGGAUAAAAGAGAAAAAUUGCUUUGUUAAACUAGGGCCCUGCUUAAUUUGAUUCAAGGCUUUGCUGAAGAAAGCAGCUGAGAAUUUUUCUCUUGCUCUGUCUGCUAAGGAGGCAGGAGAGAUCAAGGACUGCGAUUUUUGAACUCUUCGCAAUUGGAAGGCACUUUAGCCAAUGUUUAACAAAAAAAAAUAUACAGCUCUAUAUGUGCUACAGUCUGAAAAAUAAACUAGACUGUUUCUGACAAUGUAGACUUCUCUGAUAAAAGUUUAGAUCUCACUUGUAUAUCGAUGCCUAAGUGUUGCUAAAUUAAAACAAGCAGUUUUACGAAUGUGGCUAUGUAUCCAUACAUUGUAUAUGGUUAUGAAGCUGGUACGCUAAAAAGUAAGAGAGUUCUGUUUUAUUGUAUGUGCCUGCUUUAUUCUGCCAUAGACAAUUCUAUCAGUUUAAAAAGGAGCAUGCAACAACAUUUUUGGCUAGCGCGUACUCAUUUUUGAACCCCGUUGCUUUACAAGGGAGAAGAAGAAUGACUUCUGAAAAUCGUGCCAGAAUUCACGACAUGAUUGUCUUGUCUAAAAGUCAGCAGCCACCUUUUGUGAUUUGACUUACAUUGAGUAAUCUGGUGUCCCCUAUCCUUACCUGAAAAUAAUAGCUGUUCCAAGCAGCUGGCACAUUUCAGCACUUGGCAUGUUGCAAAAAAACCUCUUGGUACCAAAAUUGCUGCUGAAGCCAAUUCAACACGCAGAGAAGCUGCAUCCCUCUAAACAGAACAUGGGUUCAUAGGGCUGGAAGGGAACUCUUCUAGUCCUGCUUCCUGCUCAAGGCAGGAGUUCUCCAAAACUGACUGUGAAAAUUCUAGCUGCCUGGAUGAAAUCAAUCUACUUCAUAAGCAGCGGCGGGCCACUUUCUUGGAAGAUACCCUUUUGAGGAGGUUAUAGGGAGUAUAACUGGGUGGUGUGGAGGCCUAGAGGUGAAGCUCUCACCUCACAAUCAGGAGGGUGUAAGUUUGAUCCUAGGUAGAAGCAGAUCUCUCUGUCUCUCUCUCUCUCUCUCUCUGUCUCUCUCUUUCUCUCUCUCGGCAUACUGAGAAUAUAUCUGCUGAAUAAAACUCUGCUUUGGCAACAGGAACAGCAUCCGGCCAGUAAAUACUCAGCUCCAACCAGUUGCCCAGACUCCACGCCACAAGGGAUUAUGGGGUCGUUAAAAGAUGAUGAUGAUGAUAGGGAGUGUAACUGGGGAUGUUGGACAAGGCUUCUUUCAGGGGACUGAAUGGGAUGGUGGGACUCAUAGUACCUCCUGGUUAUUCUAUUAAGGCCUUAAUACCUCUGCCCCUUAGUUUUUCCCUGGGUAACAAAAAAACCCAGCAGGGGAAGAGGAAGAGUUUAAGCAAUGAAACAAAUGCUUCUAGGAGCACCCAUUUUGCUCCUUUAAUCAAUGCCAGAAUGGUUUCUGCCCAGUAUAAAUCUGCUUUAUUAAGAAAGAAUUUCACCAACAGUUUGUAAAUCACUAGCUUUAUAUAUAAUCUGGAUGAAACCGAUCCUGUCCUGCUGGCUUUAUAUACACUGGGAUAAGUAAAUACAUAUGAUAGCAUUGGGCUUCUGCAGACUUGCGACUGGGUUCCAGCUGUUAAGGCCAAAUUGAUCACUGCUCUGUAAUAUAAUCCCCAAAACUUCAAAAACCACAUAGAGCAACCUGCUUAACCCACAGCAUCCCUUAAAUCUAGAAAUCUCUCUCCCAUUCUUCCUACUACUAUUACAGUAGAAGACUCCCUCUCUCCUCUUUAGGUUACUAAAGGCAUGAUGCAAAUGUUUUCUGAUCCACCCUAUAUCACGUUGAAUGCUAUUUAUUUCUUUAACAGAGAAGUAACCACAAUAAGCAGUCAAUGCCCAGGUCAACAUUGGGAUAAAGCAAUUAUUUUGCCGCAAUAUUUAGGAGGAACGGAAUGUUUACCGAAGGCACUUUCAGUGAAAAGCGGUUUUAGAGGAAAAGUAAAUCACCAAAAUGUAUUUGUUCAAGUUGAAUGAGAGGAAACCACAAGGACAAUGGGACCUGAAAGCAGAUGAAAAGAGAAAGGAGACACAGAUACAGUAGUGGCCAAAAUUGUGGAAACCUUUUGGGAGAAGUGGAUUUUUGAGGUUUGAUGGCUAAUAAUACCACUUUUUUCUUGGAGUUUCAAGAUAAUCAUAUUCCACUGCUUGAAUGGCCUGGGAAUAGCCCAGACCUUAAUCCAAUUGAAAAAUCUAUGGAGCCGACUAAAGAAACUAGUUAGUCAGAAGCGACUCAGCAAUAAAACCCAGUUAAUAGAAGCAAUCAUUCAAUCUUGGUUUCACAUGAUAACAGCUGCAGAACUAAAAGUCUUGGUUCACCCCAUGGGAAGACGUUGUAAGGCCGUAAUUCAUGAUAAAGGUUACCCAGCUAAGUAUUAAUUGACAUGGUGGUCAUUUUUGUAUAUCUCUUUUAUUUUAUUAUUUAUUUAUUUUUUUGCAUUUAUAUCCCGCCCUUCUCCAAAGACUCAGGGCGGCUUACACUAUGUUAGCAAUAGUCUUCAUUCUAUUUGUAUAUUUAUAUACAAAGUCAACUUAUUGCCCCCAACAAUCUGGGUCCUCAUUUUACCUACCUUAUAACGAAUGGAAGGCUGAGUCAACCUUGGGCCUGGUGGGACUAGAACCUGCAGUAAUUGCAGGCAGCUGCUGUUAAUAACAGACUGCAUUAGCAGUCUGAGCCACAGAGGCCCCUUUCACUUUUCUUCUUUAUAAUUGCUGUUCUAAUAGCAAAUCCUUCAUAAAAGUUAUUGCAUUACAUUCUUGAUUAAAUUAUCUCUCCAUUGAUAUAUAAUUUUAUGGUACUACUCCCCCCCCCAAAAAAAAACUGGCGUUAUUAGCUGGUUUUAGAAAAUACACUUUUUCCAAAAGGUUUCCACAAUUUUGGCCACUACUGUAUCUCCUGACCCUAACAGUUACUUCUCAGCAUCUGAGAAUUGCCACAGAAAGCAAUAAACUUGUUAAACAGACGUGUUUUUUUUUAAAAAAGCACACAUAAGAGAUUCAAUCAGCACCAGAAUCUCCUCAAGGUGUCACUGGUCCCCUGAGACACGCCCCCCCCCCCCAAGACUGAUGGCAAAGGCAGGUCCGGAGGGACUUC